AAAAAUGAAGAAUGUGGUCCUCACACAAAGUUCUUCUCCUUUUUCCACCUUAUUUAUCAAGGUCUUGUAGCUUCUUGUUUGCUUCAUAUCUUUUGUUUUCUUCUUUUUAGCUACCCUUCUAUUUGUUUCUGAAUAUGGAAACAAGCAGAGCUGAAGGAAAGAGGAGCUUGAAGGAAAUAGAAGAUGAAGAGGAAGAAGAGGAUGAUGAAGAUAUUGCUGGAGGGCUAGGGUUUGUAGAUGAUGACAAGAUCAAGAAGAAAGGAAAGACAGGAUCUAGUGGUGGUGGGUCGUCGUCAAUGCUGCUGGUUUCUUGUCAAGCAGAUAAUUGCACCUCUGAUCUGACUGAUGCCAAGCGAUACCAUAGACGCCAUAAGGUUUGUGAGUUCCAUGCCAAAGCUCCCUUUGUUCCCGUCAAUGGACUGCAGCAACGCUUUUGCCAGCAAUGUAGCAGGUUCCAUGAUUUAUCAGAGUUUGAUGACAGCAAAAGGAGCUGCCGGAGGCGUUUAGCAGGGCACAAUGAACGGCGUAGGAAAAGCUCGGCUGAAUAUCAAGGAGAAGGAUCGAACUGACAUGAGUUGUGAUCUCUCAGGAGUGCUGGAGGAAGGCUCACUACAUAAAAGGGAGACAAUUACGUAUUAUUUCCCCUAUAAAGUGCCUCUUCCAAGCAUAUUUAGAUUGGUUAAAAUAUCUAAAUAUGUGAUCAUUGCCAUGCUCUCUCUCUUCUGUCAAUCCUAAGCUUUCAUAUUAAUUAUAAUCUAUGAUCUGUACUUAAUUAAUACCAUUCAAUAAAUGGAUGUCAUAUAUAUAUUA